UUUCAUGAAAAUCAGAAGACUAUGUUUAUAUAUAAUAAGUAUAGAAAUCGUCAUUACUUCGAUGUUGAAGACUGCAAGGGGAUAUAGCCUCCUUUCUUGUUUUUAAUGAUUUUAUGCAAUUUUUACCAAAUUUCAAAUGAAUUUUGUGUGUUGUUUGCGCAAGAAACAACUAACAGCCGAACAAAGUAUAGUUUUGAAAAACAGAGAAGCCCAACAAACUAUUUAAUAGAGCGCAAUUUAAUUGCCAUUAAGCUGAUCCUUUAGUUAGUUGAUGAAAACCAACUUAGAAAAUAUUAGUUGACAUUUUUGGUAAAAACACUUUGUUGGAUUAACUAAUUGAGAGCCGCCCUUGUCUCCGAACGAGAGUGAUUCAAUUGCGGCGUGGACUGCGCGUAGAACGUGCCUUCCCCAACAUUCCCCAACAUUCGAUCGAAUGCCUUCGCCGCACCACUUGAACACGGGUUGCACCGCCCGCUUCCCGGAGACUCGAUUGCGGUUGCACGGUUCCCUCUGUUCGGCAGAUUCCCGGGGCUACCGCAAAACUCUGCCCUUCACUUGGGGAGGCGGCAAUUUAUGGCUGGUUUUAAGGCAGUUGAGACUGCUGACCGAAGGGCUGACUAUCCAUUGAGCAGCCAGCUAUCAGCUAUCAGCCAUCAACUAUCAGCCAUCAGUCACCAGCUAUCAACAACAGCUAUCAGUGACUGCAGUGCAAGCCUUCGAAUAAUCCGAACCGGGAUGAGUGGGGGUGCCUCUGGAGCGGCGCUCGUUCUCCGAAAGCCCCUUAACUUGACUCCAAAGUGUCAUCGCUUGGCUCGGGGACAAGAUAAGAUACGCGACUGGGUUUCUGGGGUUUGCUGGUUCGCAGGUUCCGAGACCUGAAACCCGCGGUUUCAGGCGGCUCCGAAACGCUCCCAUUGAUCUCCCCGGAUUUCCCCUAGAGCCCGUGUCGCAGAUACGGUCUCCACAAAGCGUCUUGAGCAGGCCGGGGCUUCUCCAAGGUCCGCACACGCGACGGGGCAACUUAAGUGGCCGAGCUCGUUACACUCGGUCUCCAAUCCAAUCCGUGCGGAUGAUGAGUUAAUUCGACUCUACAGAUCUGUGCUCUGUGCUCUGUGCUCUGGCAGCGAACUCAGUUGACGACCGCGAUCGGGCGUGAUAACAUCCGCCCGCCAGAGGAGCCGCAUAUCCGAAUAUCUGAAUACCAGAGCAUCUAUCUGCUUAUUCCGAACUGCAUUCCAGUCGCCCCGCAUUCCGCACACUUGGCGGGGAGUGUUUACGACUUGGACAGGCGACAGCCGACAGCCCACAGCCGCUUAUCAACCGCCGCCAUUCGCAGAGCAAAUAAAUCAGGGCGAGCGACGACCGCUUCCGCAGCCGCAGACGCGCCUCCAUCGCCCCUUUGCCCGCUCUGCGGCUGAACAGCAAGGAGAUGCUGGCCAGCGACUUUGACAGCCACAGCGUGGCCUCCAACCAGGCCUCCAUCACCAGCGUCAACUCCCUGGCCAGCCUGCUGCGCGAGAAGAUGCAGGCAUUCCCGCAGCUGAUUAGGAAGAAGCGGCGCGAGACCAAGGACUACAAGAUCAAGAUCUUCGUCGUCGUGAUGUUCUUCAUCAUCAUUUUCCUGAUUGGGUACGCGUACGUGGCCUACCACCAGCAGGUGCUCACGAGGAGCUACUUCCAGAAGAUCAAGUUCAACCCGCAGGACCGCGUCUUCCGCCUGCUCAGCCACGAGGACAAGGAGGUGAUCAUGGGCCAGCUGGGCGUGACCCUCGGCUCGGACACGGCGCCCUUCCACUGCCUCGAGGAGCAGCGGCGGCGCGACGGGAGCGUCUGCAUCGAGUGGAACGGGCUGGCGCGGCUGCACCUCAACUUCGAGGACAAGGGCGUCUUCCGCUGCUACUCGCUGCAGUGGCAGGCGCUCGCCGACGGACUGCUGCCCACCGACUGCUACGAGCUGAAGCGGGACAACGGGCUGUGGUUCGGCGGCGGGGUGACCAAGGGGCAGGAGUGGUCGCUCAGCUACGCGAACUUCGAGUUCGCCCCCUACGCCUCCGGGGACAGCAAGGUGCAGCAGUUCGGGAACGGGGUGAAGCGCUACUUCAUCAACUCGAUCGGCGUGGCGAUGCAGGUGAGCGAGCGGUCGCCGCUCCAGCUGGGCGUCAACCGGACCGAGAACCGCUUCUGCCUGCGGGCGGCCCACGACGAGUUCACCUUCGUGAACCGGCUGAGUCCGCUGCCGCAGCUGGAGUACCGCAUCUGCACCACCGAGGACAUGCGCAGCCUGCACAUGCUCAUGACCCAGCAGAGCCUGUGGGACGGGCUCAAGGAGCAGGACAUCCGCGAGCUGCACAAGCUGCUGGAGGAGCCCGUGUGGCGGGUGCCGCACUCGGAGCAGCCGGACUCCCUGAACGAGUCCGCCAUCUGCGACUACUCCGAGAACGCCAUCGCCGUCGGACUGGGCCACAUCGUGAUCAGCGAGUUCUGGCAGGAGAACAUCGGCGACUUCGCCGUCGACAGGGCCCGCUUCCCCACGCUCAAGGACACCAUCGACGUGCUGCACCGGCGCGGCUUCAAGGUGGUGCUCACCAUCCAGCCGUUCAUCAGCACGGACAGCGCCAACUUCAAGGAGGCGGUGCGCCGCAAGCUGCUCAUCUACGAGCGCCACUCGGAGCGCAGCAUCCCCGCACUGACCCGCUACAAGAGCAGCGCCAGCGCCGGCGUCCUGGACAUCACCAACAACGCCUCCGUGCCCUGGCUGCUCGAGAAGCUGCAGCGGCUCAAGGAGGAGUACGGGGUGCACAGCUUCUACCUGGACCUCGGCACCGGCUACAACCUGCCGCACUACUACCAGUGCCGCCAGACGCUGGACAACCCGGACACCUACGCCCGCCUCCUCACCGCCAGCCUCGAGUCCGCCGGGCUGAUGGCCGUCUCCACGGCGAGCGUGGUGCCCAAGCCGCCCACCUUCCUGGCCGCGCCCCCCGCCAACGCCACCUGGGAGGGCCUGCGCGAGACGCUGGCCGCCGUGCUGAACUACGGCGUGAUCGGGUACCCCUUCGUGCUGCCCGGGGCCAUCGGGGGCGACUACCUGCUGCAGCGGCCGCUCUCGAAGAUGGUCUCCUUCUACGCGCUGGCCGCCCCGCCCUUGCCGAGCGCGGAGCUCUUCGUGCGCUGGCUCCAGCUGGCCACCUUCCUGCCGGCCAUGCAGUUCGGCCACCUGCCCUCCGAGUACCGCAGCGAGCUGGUCUCCCGCGUCGCCCAGGAGCUGCGCGAGGUGCGCCAGACGGUGGUGAUCCCCCUGCUGAAGAAGUACCUCAACCCCUCGAUGAACGAGGGUCUGCCCCUGGUGCGCCCGCUCUGGAUGAUGGACCCCCACGACCCCGCCUGCCUGAUGGUCAGCGACGAGUUCUCCGUCGGCGAGGAGCUCAUCGUGGCCCCCAUCCUGCACGAGGGGCGUCGCGAGCGAGAGGUCUACUUGCCGCAGGGCGUCUGGAAGGACGGCAUCGACGGGUCGCUGCGGAAGGGCAGCCGCUGGAUGCACGGCUACCGGGUGCCCAAGGACAAAAUCGCCUACUUCCGAAAGAUGCCGGACAACACGCGCUUCUAGGGUCCAGUGAUCCAGGGGGCCAGUGGUCCAGUGAUCCAGUGGGCCAGUGGUCCAGUGGUCAAAGAUGCACCCAAGAUGCCUAACGCUAGCUAUCCUUAGCUCUAUCCUUAGUCUACGUAACUCCGAUUUGUGUGUGAUUAGUUAAGUACGUCUCGCCGAAUAAAUACGUUGCACCUCUCCUA